AUGGCAAUUGCAAAUUUCGGUGAACUGACUGUGAUGCUUCCGCAGUUUGCUGGUCGCUAUCUGCCGCUGGAGCAGUCUUACCUGCCACGGCCGAUGAAAAUUGGUUAUGAAUCAGACAGCUACAAAUUUGCGAAUAAACGAGCGGUGGAUCUGGAAGAAGGCGGCGGUGGACGCGCCCAGAACGACUUUCGUGGCUCGGCCGCUGGACGCUACGGCAUGCGAAUAAACGUCGCUAGUGCUGGCGCUGCUGGCGGCACCGAUGAAGACGUAAUGUCCAUACGAUACCGGCGCCGACAACAGUUGGAGGAGGAAGCGUGGAAUCGGCUCAAGGCAGAGAACUUCGACAUCGCCACCAACCAGUCUCCGGGAAGCGGCGGUACAUGCUACACUCCCGGGAACAGCCCUUGGAGCCGUACCGUGGUCGCAAGCGGCAUCACUUCCCCGGUAGCAGCAGCAGUGGCAGCGGAUGCGCAUGCCAUAACCAGAAAUAACUUAACAACUGCAGUGGCCAAGGCUGCCGCAGAAUGCCUGCAGUCAUCGCUGGGCCCCGUGAUGGGCGACAGGAGUUUCAAGCAGGAACAGCAGCAGCAGCAAGCGGGCAGGGCAGUGGUACUUCCCAAAGGUGUCGUCCUCAACGAAGCCCGACAGUCGAUGAACCCGGUCGCUACGGUAGCCAGGAAUCAGUCGACCGGCGAGGUUCGGCCAGUGACGGCGAACGGCACUGUGACGCUGGAUGCCGAAAAUACGCAGGCAGCAGCGAUCAAAGGCUGCUCAUCAGCGGAAGCAGCGCCGCAGCGAAGGCAGCAGAGCCAGAUGCAGAAGCCAGACAUGGACGGGACGAGGAAGCAAGCAGCAGCCACUGUGAAGCUGACCACGAAGAAGCCACCGUUACCUCGGCAAGCGUCAAGCGACGAUACGAGCCUGAACGAAAAAUUCGAGACCAUUCGUACGGCGCACGAGACGCGCCGUGCGAACCGAACGGCGGCGCUCCGAGAUGCAGUGGCCGAGGCAAGUGCGCCAAACGGUACCGCGUCCAGUGACGAGAGUGAGUGCGAGAACGGGCCAACGCCGCCGAUCAGUACUGCCGGUCGUAUCCGGAUUAUCUGUCGCAGUGCGUCCGAUGCCAAAGAGCCGGUCGUUCAUCAGCGCUCCGAUCCGACGCCGCUCUCGGCCGCUGCCCAGGAAGCGCUGGCCGAUGCGCCCACAUCGGCACUGCCGAUCCCGAUCAUGCAUUAUCCAGGUGACCAGUUGCCAGCAUGGCUGUUGAGGCGUAGACAGCGCUACCAGCGCUCCAAGACGAACCCCGACCUGAUGGUGGCACUGGCCGCCAUGAAUGGUCAGCAGCAGCAGCCCGUAGCGCACCCCCUGACCAGCAGCAGUAGUAGUACCCAGCAAGCAGCAUCGGCGUCGAGCAGUCGCGUGCAGCAACUACUUCUGGAGCGCAACUGCUGUCGCACCGGCGGCCCGCUGCUGCGACAGGAGAGCGACACUGGCGAUUUGUCAGCGAUUGCCGCAACCUGCUCCUCUGCAGCAGCAGCAGCAUCGCACCACGAUCGUCGCUCACGUUUUCGGAAGCGUUCUUCGAUUGUGCCGGACCGCGAGAGCUCAUGUGAUGGUCGACUGCUUCAGACGCCGCGCUUCAUUUGCGCCAUUGAUUACAUGUCGAAAGGGAAGCCGCGGCUGGUUUUCGGUAAGAAGGGAUCCAAGGAAGAGGAGCUGAACUGGCCCCGGGGUAUCGCGGUACUUGGCGGCAACGAAUUCGCGGUGUGCGAUAGCAGCAACCAUCGUGUUUGUAUAUUCAAUACGGGCGGCAGGCUGCUGCGAAUGUUCGGCAGGUAUGGCACCGGAGAUGCGCAACUGGACAGUGCUGCCGGGAUUUGCUGUGGCCGGUACAAGCAGCUGAUCGUCUCUGACCGCUACAAUCACCGGAUCAUGAUUUUUGACAACAAUGGACAAUUUUUGCGCAAAUUUGGUGGCCAUGGCCCAUCCAGUGGACGUUUCAACAAUCCAUGGGGUGUGGCCAUGGAUGAUAUGGGCCUGAUUUACGUUGUCGAUAAGGACAACCAUCGUGUGCAAAUGUUCGACAGCAAGGGACAGUUUGCUGGCAAAUUUGGAACAAUGGGUCCAGGACUUGGCCAAUUUCAUCAUCCACAAUUCAUUGCAAUUCAUAAACGAACGCAAAAUAUUUAUGUGACGGACAGCUCGAAUCAUCGCGUUUGCGUCUUUGACCACAACGGCAAUCCGAUUUUCCAUUUCGGCACCGAAGGCUACCAGAACGGCCAAAUGAAGUUCCCACGUGGGAUCGCCGUGGAUGAUCAGGUUUCUGCACAGCACCUCACAACUCUUCCAUUUCUACACAGCACUCACCUCAUGCACGGUUUCAUUAUUGUAGCGGAUAGCGGCAACAAUCGUGUGCAAAUCUUCUAUCCAGAUGGCCGAUACAUGCAUAGUUUCGGUUCAUGGGGUAAUGGACCCGGUCAGAUGAAGGGCGUGGAAGCAGUUGCCCUCCUUGAUAAUACCAUUGUCCUCUCCGAUCGUGAAAAUCAUCGUAUACAAUUGUUCUAG